CACAAGUGCAUGAAUGUUUUCAACUUUUCAUUGAUGAUUUGAUCAUGUAAUCUUCCAAAAGAACAUUCUUUUUUCUCACAUAAUUUUCUUUUGUAAUCCAAUUUUGCUUUUGGUUGUUUGAAAUUUUGAGAUUGUAUGUAUCUCUAUUUAUUUCUUUUUUCUUCCUUUUGUAUGUAAAACAAAUAAUAUCUCCACAAAGCAAUUUCAGAUGGUGGGUGAUAACAUCAAUUCAAGGCAAUAUAAUAUUGAUAUAAAUUCUACCAAAAUCUUUGUUGGAGGGUUGGCUUGGGAGACUCAGAGGGACACAAUGAGGAGGUAUUUUGAGCAGUUUGGAGAGAUCUUAGAGGCUGUUGUGAUCACAGACAAGAACACUCUGAAAUCCAAGGGUUAUGGUUUUGUCACAUUCAAGGAUCCAGAGGCAGCAAUGAAAGCAUGUCAGAACCCCUCUCCAAUAAUUGAUGGAAGGAGGGCAAACUGUAAUAUUGCAUCUAUUGGUGCAAACAAGAAUCGGACACGGGCUCCACAACAUCAACAUGGACGGUCUAGAGCAGCACCUGGUGUGUUGGCCUCACCUGCUUAUCAUGGCACUUCCUCUACAUUUGUCCAUCAAAACAGUGGGCAAUACACAUUUCCCAAUUCAAGUUUUGGAUACACUGGAUAUUCACAAGGCACAAUAUACCCCCUGAGCUGCUAUGGGGUAUUUGGAGGUCAACAAAUCUCAACUUACUACCCGUCCAAUGGGGCAUCUGGCCAAGUGGGAUUGGUUCAUAACAUUUACCCUUUCAGUGCCCAAUAUUCAUACAAUAGCCAUUCUCAUGGUUUUGGAGUACAAUAUCCACAAAUGAUGCAGUUUCCAAUUCUCCCUAGGCACUAUGGUUCAGCUGGUAUCCUUGCACUUCCUUCUUCAAUGCCAAUGCCAAAUAUUAGUGCAGCAGUUACAACAACAGCAACUACAACAACAGCAGAGGCAAUAAGAACAAGUGUAGGAACUUCACAAACCGCUGGAACAACUUCUGAACAAAAUUCUUCUGCUGAAUCUCUACAUAGACAAACCCAUGAUGCCUUGUAAAGCUAAAUAUGUUGAAAGGUGAUGAAAAAGGGUAAGAACCAAGAGGGGAUGACAUUGAUUAUUUAAGAAGCAUAUUAAGUAGUGAUUCCUAUAAGAGGCUGAGAAGUACUCCAAUAACUCAACACGGAACCCUUCAUUCAAGGAAUGGGUACAUGAUAUACAAUACAUAAAGCUCAUGUCACUCAUCAACCAAAACCAAUCCUUAAUUCAUGCUCUAAAUAUUGCAGCCUUA